UAUAACUUUUACAGUGCUUAACAGGCCAGGCAUGCUCUUUAUCUUUUAAGUCUUUUUACAACCAAACCAGAACUCUGCUUCUUGGCUCUUGGGUCUGUCAGUAAGCCUUGAGUGAGUGCAAUUCUGGUAGUGCAAAGCACGAGGCGUUGUACUGGUUUUUAGCCUCUGAUGCAAAUCAUCAUACGCAUUACAACACAAAGGUUUCAACUUUGAAGUUUAUCGGAUAAACCCAGUUGCAGAUUGCUUCUGUGGAAGCUUUCAAAAUUUCAAACUACUUCUCUUCAUUGAAAAAGAAGGAGCUCAUAUCAUAAUAUUUUGGGUACCUCUUCUUUUUGGACCUGCAACUCAAUGGAGAUUAGGAAGGAAGGUAAAGCUUUGUGCUUUGUGGCCCUUUUGUGCUUGUGGACGACUUCUGUGACUGGUUUGCUUUCUCCAAAGGGUGUCAACCCCGAAGUGCAAGCCUUAAUGGGCAUUAAAGAGGCUCUGAAGGAUCCUCGUGGUGUUCUUAAAAAUUGGGAUGAAACUUCUGUGGACCCCUGCAUCUGGAAUAUGGUCACUUGUUCUCUUGAUGGUUUAGUCAUUGGCCUGGGAACUCCAAGCCAGAAUUUAUCAGGCACUUUGUCACCUAGCAUAGGAAACUUGACAAAUCUUCAGCUUGUAACAUUUCAGGAUAACCAUAUAACAGGAUCAAUCCCCCCAGAGCUUGGGAAGCUCCAAAAGCUUCAAACACUUGAUCUGUCCAGCAACUUGUUCAAUGGUCAAAUUCCCAGCACUCUAUCCCACUUGAAAAGCCUACAAUACCUGCGGCUAAACAAUAACACUCUCUCCGGUGCAAUUCCUUCAUCUUUUGCUAACAUGACCCAGCUGGCCUUUCUGGACAUGUCUUUUAAUAAUUUGAGUGGUCCAGUACCCAGGUUUCCUGCUAAAACAUUCAAUGCUGUGGGAAAUCCUCUGAUAUGUGUCGCUGGAAUAAAGCAAGACUGCUUUGAAACAACGAGGAUGCCGCCAGCUUUUCCCUCGAAUAACUCACAAAAUGCUCAACCUGCUGGGAGACCUAGGAGCCACAAAAUUGCCUUGGCGUUUGCCUCAAGCCUAGGCUGCAUCUGUCUUCUAAUUCUUGGUUUUGGUUUCCUUCUUUGGUGGAGGCAAAAACACAACAAACAGAUAUUCUUAGAUGUUAAUGAACAACAUCAUGAAGAAGUUUGCCUUGGAAAUCUGAGGUCGUUUCACUUCAGAGAACUUCAAGCUGCAACACACAACUUCAGUAGCAAAAACUUGGUUGGCAAGGGUGGUUUUGGAAAUGUCUACAAAGGAUGUCUCCGAGAUGGUAUGGUAAUAGCGGUCAAAAGGCUCAAGGAUGCUAAUGCCAUAGGCGGUGAAAUCCAAUUUCAGACAGAACUUGAGAUGAUCAGCCUAGCAGUGCAUCGCAACCUUCUCCGGCUUUAUGGAUUUUGCAUGACAGCCAAAGAGAGGCUUUUGGUUUAUCCUUACAUGUCCAAUGGUAGUGUUGCUUCGCGUCUCAAAGCCAAGCCAGCCCUGGAUUGGAGUACAAGGAAAAGGAUUGCACUGGGAGCUGGAAGGGGAUUGUUAUACUUGCAUGAGCAGUGUGACCCCAAGAUAAUUCACAGGGAUGUCAAGGCUGCAAAUAUUCUGCUUGACGAGUACUGUGAGGCUGUGGUGGGAGAUUUUGGGUUGGCAAAGCUGUUGGAUCACCAUGAUUCACAUAUUACAACUGCCGUGAGAGGUACUGUGGGGCACAUAGCCCCAGAGUACCUCUCAACUGGCCAGUCCUCUGAGAAGACUGAUGUUUUUGGGUUUGGGAUUCUUAUACUAGAAUUAAUAUCAGGCCAAAGAGCUCUGGAGUUUGGGAAAGCGGCAAACCAGAAAGGAGCCAUACUUGACUGGGUAAAGAAAAUCCAACAGGAAAAGAAGUUUGAUGUGCUAGUUGACAAGGAACUGAAAAAUGACUAUGAUCCAAUCGAGCUCGAAGAAAUGAUUCAAGUGGCUCUCUUAUGUACUCAAAAUCUUCCCAGUCAAAGACCCAAGAUGUCCGAAGUCGUUCGAAUGCUCGAAGGAGAUGGACUUGCAGAGAAAUGGGAAGCUUCUCAGAGAGCUGAAUCAAAUAGGUGCAGAGCCAAUGAAUUUUCCUCUUCCGAGCGCUACUCUGAUCUUACUGACGACUCUUCAUUGCUUGCACAAGCAAUGGAACUCUCUGGACCAAGAUAAUACUUACUCUCACAACAAAGAAAGCAGAGAAAAAUGAUAUCCAUAAUGGAAUGGAAGUUGAUACCAUGAAUAUGAGUCAGAAAUGAUUGAGUUUGUUGUAUAUUAUCAUAAGCAUCAAAUUGAAGCUCCAAAGAGUUGUGUUAAAACUUCGACUGUACAGAAUCAGAUAUGAGAAACUGACGUGUAGAUCGAGUGUCACAUGCCCUUUCCGAUUGAUCUUGAGUGAAUAGUUUUCCUCAGAACAUCCAACUUGGGUUCUUGAGAUUGUAACAAUAAUGUUCUAGGACAGAAUUUUGUUUGUUUUCUCGAUUUCAAUGGAAUUUUGAGUCCUGAAACUGGUUGUGUUCCCGUAUAUACAACAGGAUGGGGAUUU